CCUUCAAAAAUUGAAUCAAAACCUUGUAUACAGAACUUUCUCUCUUCAUGUAAUCACUUCACUGCCCUUCCUUUUUAUAUAAGUCACACUAAAGAGGCUGUGGAAUAAAGCACACACCAAACAUCAAGGUCAGAAUUGAUGGUAGAUGUAUCUGUAACAACAAUUUACGUACUCCUUCUAUAUUGAAGGGAGAUUGGUACUGCUACCGGCGUCCUCUACAAAAUUUGGUUUGUAAAUUGAAACUAACAAUGGUAAGUCUGAGAAGACGUAGACUGCUGGGACUAUGUUCAGUAGGAAAUAGUUCGUUUGUCACUCCCCUUCCUCUUCACUGUGAGCAUCUGACUGCUACUGAAGCUUCAGGUCAGCAAGUUCAAAACACUAUUGUAAAAGAUGAACCGGGAUCAUCAAAUGCAUCCGGUUCCAGCUUGUCCAAAGAGGAUUCUAGUCAACAAAGCCUAGGACCACCUGUUAAACGCAGAAAGCAACAUUUAAGGAAACAUGCUCAUGAUCAAGAACCAUGUUUUAUGAGGGGGGUAUAUUACAAAAACAUGAAGUGGCAGGCAGCCAUAAAAGUAGACAAGAAACAGAUCCAUUUAGGAACAGUUGAGUCACAAGAAGAAGCUGCUCAUUUAUAUGACAGGGCUGCUUUUAUGUGUGGAAGAGAACCCAAUUUUGAGCUUCAGGAAGAGGAGAAAAUGGAAUUGUGUAAACUAAAAUGGGAAGAUUUCUUAGCAAUGACUAGACAAGCAAUUAUCAGCAAAAAGCAUAAGAGAAAACAUAGUCCUGAAGCAAAAGAUGUCAACAUGGAAGCUUCAGUGCAUUCUGAUGAUAGGAAAGUAGUAAAUAUAAACCAGCAAACACCAGUCUCCAAAGAUCUGAGUUAGGUGGGAAUGAAAAUUCAGUUUUAAGAAUUUAGAUUUAACUUUUAGAUUCAUUUUCAAUUUCAUUAACCAAAAAAUUGUACAUGGUACAGUUCAUAGCUAUUUGCUUCCUUGAAACGGAGAAUGAAGAUUCAUUUAUUUGUUUUA